UUCCGGUCGGCGCCGAGGCCGGCUGCUGGGCCGGGCGGGCCCCGGUCGCCCGGCGCGGGAAGACUGGCGCGCGGCGGGGCCCGGCGCGGGAGACGUCGUUCCCGGGCCCCUUGCGGCGGGCGCGCUCGCCCCGUCCUCCAGCCGGGGAUUGCGGGUUCCCUGGGCUCCCGGGCGCCGCGGGGAGGAGGGCGAGGACCAGCUCCGUGCGGAUCGAGGUUCCCACUGAAGCUAGACUCCAGCCUCCUUGCCUGGUGCGGCGAUCCUCUGCCCUCGGUCCUCUGCCCUCCGUCCACCUGCCCUCUCCAGCAGGGGUCCCCUCUUACUUCUACAUGCUCCCCCCAGCCCAGAUGAGCUGCCUUUACCUGCGAUUCAGGCUCCCACCUGAUGCUCAGAACAGCCUCCCAGAAGCUACCUCCAGUAGAGCCUUUGGGGCCACAUAGGCCUGAAUCCCAAUCAAGUCCCGACACUGAGGCGGGAAGCGCUGGGUAUGGUCGAGGAGUCUGAAGAAAGCUGGACAUGAGGACGGGAGUGAGGAGAGGGCCGAGGGAUGGGCCCGGUCAGGCGCGUAUAGGGCUUCACAGGGGUCGGUGGAGUCUCUCUCUGGUGCAGACGUUGCGUUCCAGAGCCUUCGGUACGAGCUCAGACAGAUGAAAAGCUGUGUGUAAAGAACGAGCUUUCUGCAGAAGUGGAGAAUCCGGCCCGGCCUUCCCCAGUAGCCCUUCCCGGCUUCCCGUGGCCCCUCCUCCUGGGAACAAAGGACAUGGAAAAGCCCAUGGGUGGAAGGACGGCCCAGACCCCAGAGGAAGAAGUGCAUUCACUGAAGGACACACCCAAAGGAGAGGAAGCGUCGUCUGGGGAGGAAAGGCCAAGCAAGAGGUCCACGUUGGCAAAAAAGCACGGCAAGGAACCCGGCCCGAGUCCUGAGGAUGAGGAACAUUUAUUUGAUGCCUUCGAUGCUUCGUUUAAAGAUGACUUCGAGGGGGUUCCCGUGUUCAUCCCUUUUCAGAGAAAGAAGCCCUAUGGGUGCAGCGAGUGUGGACGCAUCUUUAAGCAUAAGACAGACCACCUCCGCCACCAGCGGGUUCACACUGGAGAGAAGCCCUUCAAAUGUGAUCGGUGUGGGAAGCUGUUCAGGCACAGCUCUGACGUCACCAAGCACCAGAGAAUCCACACCGGAGAGAAGCCCUUUAAAUGCAGUGAAUGUGGGAAGGCCUUUAACUGCAGUUCGAAUCUCCUAAAACAUCAGAAAACGCACACUGGGGAGAAGCCGUACGAAUGCAAGGAAUGUGGGAAAGCCUUCGCCUACAGCUCAUGUCUCAUUCGCCAUCGGAAACGCCACCCGCGGAAGAAGCACUGAGCGUGGGGAAGCCGUCUGCCGAGAGUCGGCGUUCACGCCCGCGAGAACCAUCCAGGGCGGGCCUGUCCCGCCGUCCCCCAUCCCACGUCUGAUGGAGGCCGGGCGCCCGCGGGCCGUGCGCUCAGUGCACCUGUGCUUGUGGGUCCCCACCACCAGCGGGACGGUCAGCCCAGCCGGUACACGCGUGCUGGAGCGGGGUACAGGCCAUCUCCAGGUCGAGACACCGUGAUAACAUGGGAGACGCGUGCAGCUGCGGCACCAGAGACGGUGAGUGUGAUUGUGUCACGGCCGUCUGGGCGGGAGGGACAGCUGGAGCUUGCGAGCGGCCCGGCACCUCCCCCUGCGGCCUCCCUGCGGCACCCGCUCUGGUCUCUGCCUUUUCACCUGCUCCUUCGAAGACUUCAGGCUGCAGACUGCUGACCUGCUGGGUCCCGAGCCCAUCCCCGCACAGCCUGGCAGGAGGCCUGCGGUCAGGUCCCCACGGCGCUGCACCAGACACCUGCUGUCCCCGCUCGGCUGGCCGUGGUGACAGUCCUGUGGUUUGUGUCUGGCUUCCCUCCUUGGGCUGGAGCACCAGUCCUGGGACUCAGCUUCCCCUUCCCCCACUGCAUCCCCAGGAACUGGACCCCCUGGCCCAGCCCCCAACCCCGGGUGAGCAGCCCGACUCACCCAGAUGGACCACUCAGGACCUAGAUGCUGCCACCAUGGGAGAUUCCUGCCCUGGACGCGUGGUGGGGGCCCCAAGGAUGUGAGGGCAGCUUCGAGCCAGCCUGCAUCUGCCGUGGGGGUCUUCAGACAUGAGGCAGUGUGUGUGCCCUGCCCUCCGGGGAUCAGCUCUCCAGGGUCAGCAGGACAGAUCCCCAGAAGGGGAAUCGACAGGUGGAGACCAUUCUGGCAAAUCCCCUCCUCCUGGCCGUGCCGGAUAGGCGCCCCCACAGCCCAAGGACGGCAGGCUUGCCCCGGCCUCUCCAGCAGCAGGCAGAACUUUUGUGUGGGUGCCCAGAAAGCCACGUGCAGCGACGUUUAGCACGCGGACUGUCAGAAAAGUUGGAAAUAACUCAAAUGUGCAUCGACAGUGGACAGACCCUCACCACCACCUGCGCAUCUCAGAACGCUGAGCGAAGUCAGUCGGUCACAGGAGGUCAUUAUUAUAAAGCGCAGAACUGAACAGCAAGUUGUUUGGAAAUAUCAAUGCAGUAAAACGAGACAGAGACGAAAGAACGGCUCCUCGGGCAGGCGAGGCCACGUGGGCUCGGGUUUUUGGGUGGCGGCUAGUCCCUGAGCCGUGUGGAUGUUGUGAGAGCAGAUCACCCCCAGUCAAGAAGGUCCUGAUGCAAUACGCCUAAACAUGAACCUCAGGCCUGACAGAAUUCCGGUCAUUCCCGAGCUCCGAGGACGGAUGGAGAUCUGUACGGAAGAGGAGAGGAAACCCCCGGGGAGGAGCAGUUAGAGGGCCCUGCCCUGCAUGGAGGGCUCUGCGACAGCAGGGGCGCCAUGGAGGCCUUCGAAUGGAACAGACACGGGGAUGGCUGCGGAUGUCCCGGGGACGCAACACCGAUCGUCCUUACCACUGGCAUCCCGUGAGUUGGGCCGGCAACUGUCCCUCCCAGCCUCGUCUGGCCUCAAUCUGAGGGAAGAUGGGAGCCAGCACCGUGGGAGAGUGAGCAGUGAGGGCCAUGUGUGUGUGGGGGGGUCUGCUCCCUCUCCCCACAGAUCGGGGGGCUGACCCGUGGCUCCGGACUCUGGUCUCUGCCAGGUCCCCUGCCUUCCUGGGGAGCCUGUAGGCACCGGGAUGUCACCUGGGCUUGAUUUCUAGUGACCUCUUGCGUCCAUCCCUAGUCUGGACACCAAAGUGUCAUUCCUUCCCCUGCAAGUGAGCUAGGCCCCCAGACACGCCACAGAGCGAGGCAGGACUGGAGGUGGUCCUGUGCUCGUGGCAGAAGCCUGUGGCACAGGGACACUUGGGACGUGCUCUGGACCAAGGGUAGGGUUCUCAGCAGGGUGGAGGGGUCGUCCAGGGAAGGGAAGGGAAACAGUAUUGGGACCAGAAAGGGCCAGUUCAGGGCGGGAGUGGCCAGGACAGUGGUGGCCAGGCUCCAGGUCUGUGGCCUGAGGACAUGGCUUUGCUCUGGGGCGGCCCAGGCCUUCGGGGACCUCUGUGCAGGGAGCUUAGAGUUCGUGGUCUCCUGGUGUCGUCCUCACAGACUCCAGUCGCCUGUUCCACAGACCACGAGCUGGUGGUCCCCCCACCCCCACCCCCGGGCCCCGGGACCAGAGUCCUGCCAGGGUGCAGAGCUCGGGGGCAGCCUGGCGCUGCUGCCCGGGGACUCUGCGGGUGUCCGAGGCCUGCAGGGGGAGUACCUGGGGGGCUUCAGCCCCAGUGCACACGUGGAUCCGGCGCUGGGGGCCCCACACGCCCCCUGUCCCAGCCCAUGUGCCCCAGGUCACUGCAGCCUUCCCCGCAUGGCCUUCCGGUAUGAACAUGUGUUUGUUUCCUGGUGAGCUUGAGCGCUGGGUGUACCGGGGUUCUCCUUACACCGCUGCUGAGGUGCGUGGCCCUGUCCACACGUGGCCAGGCGAGGUGGCCGCUGGACUGUCCGCACACAGGCUCGCACAGCUGGUGCUGGUGGGCCCGUGAAAUGUAAAUUUCCAACUAGUCAUGUCUGUUGAACUUUCCUUCAGUCCUCAGUGAGUGUGUUCGACGUCUGGAGACCUGUUCUGUCUUGUUUUUAUCCUGGUUCCUAUGGUCUACACUUCACGCGCUCUCUUAAUCCAGAAGGGUGUUGCCUGGGUUCUGCACUCCUUGCCGGCUGCUUCCCAUUCAUCCCAGAACGCUUCUGUGUCCUAUUUCCUGUGGAUACUCUGUUUCCCUGUAAUAAACCUCAGUUCUGACCCAUUCA